AUGCCGCUAUUAGAAGAUACUGUGGGAGUGGAGGACCUUGUCCUCCUGGAACCCUUGGAGGAGAAAUCUCUGCUUGAGAACCUUCAGCUUCGCUAUGAAAACAAGGAAAUUUAUACCUACAUUGGGAACGUGAUAAUCUCAGUGAAUCCCUAUCAACAGCUACCCAUCUAUGGCCCAGAAUUCAUUGCCAAAUACCAGAACUAUACUUUCUAUGAGCUGAAACCUCAUAUCUAUGCCUUGGCAAAUAUGGCAUACCAGUCACUGAGGGAUCAGGAUCGAGACCAGUGUAUCGUCAUCACAGGCGAGAGUGGCUCUGGAAAGACUGAGGCUAGCAAGCUGGUGAUGUCCUACGUGGCUGCUGUCUGUGGGAAAGGGGAGCAGGUGAAUUUGGUGAAGGAGCAGCUGCUCCAAUCAAACCCAGUGCUGGAGGCUUUUGGCAAUGCCAAGACCAUCCGCAAUAACAACUCUUCUCGAUUUGGAAAAUAUAUGGAUAUCGAGUUUGACUUCAAGGGAGCCCCCCUCGGUGGUGUCAUCACAAACUAUCUGCUUGAGAAAUCCCGAGUGGUGAAGCAGCUCCAAGGAGAAAGGAACUUCCAUAUCUUCUAUCAGCUGUUGGCUGGAGCAGACGCACAGCUGCUGAAGGCCCUGAAGCUUGAGCAGGACAUAAGUUGCUAUACCUAUCUGAACCCUGAGGUGUCCAGAAUAGGUGGCAUGGAUGACGCCUCCAACUUCAGGGCUGUUCAGAGGGCAAUGACCGUGAUUGGGUUCUCAGAGGAGGAAAUUCGACAAGUGUUGGAGGUAACUGCUCUGGUGCUGAAGCUGGGGAAUGUGGAGAUGACUGACGAGUUCCAAGCCAAUGGGAUACCAGCAAGUGGCAUCCGUAACGGGAAAGGUAUUCAAGAGAUUGGGGAGAUGGUGGGUUUGAAUUCUGAGGAACUAGAGAGAGCCUUGUGCUCAAGAACCAUGGAAACAGCCAAAGAAAAGGUAGUCACAGUAUUGAAUGUCAUCCAGGCUCAGUAUGCACGGGAUGCUCUAGCUAAGAAUAUCUACAACCGCCUCUUCAACUGGAUAGUGAAUCGAAUCAAUGAAAGCAUCAAGGUAGGCACUGGAGAGAAGAAGAAGGUUAUGGGGGUCCUGGAUAUCUAUGGCUUUGAAAUACUGGAGGAUAAUAGCUUUGAGCAGUUUGUGAUCAACUACUGCAAUGAGAAGCUACAGCAGGUAUUCAUAGAACUGACCCUAAAGGAAGAGCAAGAGGAGUACAAGAGAGAGGGCAUAGCGUGGACAAAGGUGGACUACUUUGAUAAUGGCAUCAUCUGUAACCUCAUUGAGCAUAACCAGCGAGGCAUCCUGGCUAUGCUGGAUGAAGAGUGCCUGCGCCCUGGAGUGGUCAGUGACUCCACUUUCCUAGCAAAGCUGAACCAGCUCUUCUCCAAGCAUAGUCACUAUGAGAGCAAAGUUACCCAGAAUGCCCAGCGCCAGUAUGACCACACCAUGGGCCUCAGCUGCUUCCGUAUCUGCCAUUAUGCAGGCAAGGUAACAUACAACGUGGCUGGCUUCAUUGACAAGAACAAUGACCUGCUCUUCCGAGACCUGUCCCAGGUCAUGUGGAAGGCUCGCCAUCCUCUCCUUCAUUCCUUGUUCCCUGAGGGAAAUCCCAAGGAAGCGUCUCUCAAGCGCCCUCCGACUGCUGGGGCCCAGUUUAAGAGUUCUGUGGCCAUACUCAUGAAGAACUUGUAUUCCAAGAACCCGAACUAUAUCAGGUGCAUAAAGCCUAAUGAGAAUCAACAGCGGGGUCAGUUUUCUUCAGAGCUGGUAGUAGUCCAGACACGGUACUUGGGGUUGCUGGAGAAUGUACGGGUGCGCCGAGCUGGCUAUGCCUUCCGCCAGGGCUAUAAGCCCUUCCUGGAAAGGUACCGACUGCUGAGCCCAUGCACUUGGCCUUACUGGAAUGGGGGAGACAGGGAGGGGGUCGAGAAGGUCCUGGGGGAACUGAGCAUAUCUUCAGAGGAGCUAGCCUAUGGAAAGACAAAGCUCUUCAUCAAAAGCCCCAAGACUCUUUUCUACCUGGAAGAGAAGAGGCACCUGAGACUCCAGCAACUGGCCAUCCUCAUACAGAAGGUUUACCGAGGCUGGCGCUGCCGUACCCAUUACCAGCUCAUGCGGAAGAGUCAGAUUCUCAUCUCUGCUUGGUUUCGGGGUAACAAGCAAAAGAAACACUAUGGGAAGAUGAAGGCAUCGGCAUUGCGGAUCCAAGCUUUUGUGAGAGGAUGGAAGGCUCGUAAGAAUUAUCGAAAAUAUUUCCGGUCAGGAGCUACCCUCACCUUGGCAAAUUUCAUCUACAGGAGCAUAGUAAGUACUUGGUUCCUAUCUUUAUUUCCCUCCUCAACCUUUCCCUCUUCCACCAUGAUCUUAACUCCCGUUCUUUGCUCUUCACAGUGCAAGAAGUUCAGAGAUCAGCUGUCCCCAAAGCAGGUGCAGACACUGAAGGAAAAGCUCUAUGCCAGUGAACUGUUCAAAGGGAAGAAGGCUUCCUAUCCCCAGAGUGUCCCAGUGCCAUUCCGCGGUGACUACGUUGGGCUUCAGGGAAAUCCCAAACUGCAGAAGCUGCAAGGGAGGGAUGAAGGGCCUGUUCUGAUGGCAGAGACUGUGAAGAAGGUCAACCGUGGCAAUGGCAAGAUUUCUGCUCGGAUUCUUCUUCUGACCAAGGGGCAUGUGAUUAUCACAGACACCAAGAAAUUCCAGGCCCAAACCAUCAUUGGGCUGGACAGUGUGGCUGAAGUGUCAGUCAGCAGCCUCCAGGAUGGGCUUUUCAGCUUGCAUCUGAAUGAGAUAACAUCAGUGGGCUCCAAGGGAGACAUCCUGUUGAUCAGUGACCAUGUGGUUGAAUUACUGACAAAAAUGUACCAGGCUGUUCUGGAUGCCACACAGAGGCAGCUUUCUGUCACCGUGACUGAGAAGUUUUCAGUGAGGUUCAAGGACAAAAGCGUGGCUGUCAAGGUUAUCGAGGGCCCUGUAGGUGGUGGGAAGAACAAACUAAUUUGCAAGAAGAAGGGGAGUCACCUGGAGGUCACUGUGCAGUGA